AUAAGCAUUUGAAGAUGACAACCUCAUGGAGCGACCGACUCCAGAAUGCAGCCGAUCUCCCUGCAAACAUGGAUGGGCAUGCCCUGAAAAAGUACCGCCGGGAAGCCUAUCACCGGGUCUUUGUAAACAGAAGUUUAGCCAUGGAAAAGAUAAAGUGCUUUGGUUUUGAUAUGGAUUAUACACUUGCCGUGUAUAAAUCCCCUGAAUACGAAUCUCUUGGAUUUGACCUGACCGUAGAAAGAUUAGUUUCCAUUGGAUACCCUCAUGAGCUGCUCAAUUUUGUGUAUGAUCCUGCAUUCCCUACCAGAGGCCUGGUGUUUGAUACCCACUAUGGAAACCUGUUGAAAGUUGAUGCCUAUGGGAAUCUCCUAGUGUGUGCACACGGCUUUAAUUUCCUCAGAGGGCCUGAAACACGGGAUCAAUAUCCAAAUAAAUUUAUCCAGAGGGAUGACACAGAUAGGUUUUACAUUCUGAACACGUUAUUCAAUCUACCAGAGACCUACCUAUUGGCUUGCCUAGUGGAUUUCUUUACUAACUGUGACCGGUACACUAGCUGUGAAACAGGGUUUAAAGAUGGAGACCUCUUCAUGUCCUUCAGGAGUAUGUUCCAGGAUGUCAGAGAUGCUGUUGACUGGGUUCAUUACAAGGGAUCACUUAAGGAAAAGACCCUUGAGAAUCUGGAAAAGUAUGUGGUGAAAGAUGGGAAGCUGCCACUGCUGCUCAGCCGCAUGAAUGAAGUUGGAAAGGUGUUUCUUGUCACAAACAGUGACUAUAAAUACACAGAUAAAAUUAUGACUUACUUGUUUGACUUUCCACAUGGACCAAAGCCUGGGAGUGCCCAUCGGCCAUGGCAGUCCUACUUCGACCUGAUCCUGGUGGAUGCACGAAAACCCCUCUUCUUUGGGGAAGGCACCGUGUUGAGGCAGGUGGACACGGUGACUGGGAAGCUGAAGAUUGGUACCUACACUGGCCCACUGCAGCACGGCAUCGUGUACUCAGGAGGCUCUUCAGACACAGUCUGUGACCUGCUGGGGGCCAAAGGGAAGGAUAUCUUGUACAUUGGAGACCAUAUCUUUGGAGACAUCCUCAAAUCCAAGAAGCGCCAGGGCUGGAGGACCUUCCUGGUGAUUCCCGAGCUGGCACAGGAGCUGCACGUCUGGACAGACAAAAGUGCCCUUUUUGAAGAGCUACAGAGUCUGGACAUUUUCUUGGCUGAGCUGUACAAGCAUCUGGACAGUAGCAGCAAUGAACGCCCCGACAUCAGCUCCAUCCAGAGACGCAUUAAGAAAGUGACCCACGACAUGGACAUGUGCUACGGGAUGAUGGGGAGCCUCUUCCGCAGCGGCUCUCGGCAGACCCUGUUUGCCAGCCAGGUGAUGCGCUACGCUGAUCUCUAUGCAGCCUCCUUCAUCAACCUCCUCUACUACCCCUUCAGCUACCUCUUCAGAGCCGCCCAUGUCCUGAUGCCACACGAGUCCACAGUAGAGCACACGCACGUCGACAUCAAUGAGAAGGAGUCGCCGAUGGCCACACGCAAUCGCACCUCAGUGGAUUUUAAAGAUUCUGACUACAAGCGGCAUCAACUGACCCGCUCCAUCAGCGAGAUCAAACCGCCCAACCUCUUCCCCCAGGCACCUCAGGAAAUCACACAUUGCCACGAUGAGGAUGACGAUGAGGAAGAGGAAGAGGAGGAAGAAGAGGAAGAAGAGGAAGAGGAAUAAGAAGGAAAAAGCAAAGCAUCUUUGAAGACAGACCAUGACUCUAGCAGUGAUCAGGAGCGGAUUCCUUUGUUGGGGCCCUUGGGGUGAUGGGUUGGGGGGUGUGAUUCUUGCAAAGGCACAUUUUGGAAGUGUCCAGAUACUUUUAACAAAUUAACACUAAUUAGGAGGAGACCCUUGUUUUCAGUUUCGCAGACGGUUUAAAAAGCUGUUGGGUUUUGCCUGGGUGGUGCAUUCAGAUGGGACUGCCCGCUUGGGCGUCAUGCUGCUCCCAUUACAUUUAGGGAUGCUGCAUGUUUCUCCCUUUCCCAUGGUGUGUUUCAUCUGAUCCUCAUUUGAACGGUGUCCUGUGAACGGUUUUUGCCAUUUGUUACAUUCUCUGUGGAGAAGGAAGGGAUGUGCUGGGCCCUGCAGGAGACAAAAUGAUCCAAAUCCUCCUGCCCGUUGGGUUGCUGCCCUUAACCCUCUGCUUCUGGGUUACAAACUGCCCCCUCCCCAUGUUAGCCAGGGUGUUGCUGUGGUUGCCAGCACUCAGUUUACCUUCUGCUUGGCGUGAGUUUCUGUGUGUCAGUGGUUCGGUUUCUCCAGCUGUCACGGAUGGCAAUGGGAUUCCAGCUCUUGCAUAUCUGCAGCUGUACACGUUUCGGCUUGUAGGUGCUUGUUAUCCUCUCCCAGUGUUCCAAACUCUCUUUCAUCAUCAGCAUGUGAUGCAUGUUUUCCAACACGUUUCUCCGACAGCUGAGCCGCACACUGUGUUCUCAACUCCUGUAGUUCCAGCAGUAAUUAUUAACCCAGGAGCUUGAAGCUACUCCUGUAGCAUUACAUUACUCAGUUUGUUUUCCUAUUGCUUACUACUGACCUUUCUGUCUGCUCAGCUUUAACAAAGUGAAGCAUCCCAAAGGCAAACCCAGCCACCACCUGGAGCGAAAAGGGCCUGUUAUUCCAGGGUGUCUGCCCUAAACUAGGGAGCAGCACAUGCCACAGGGCCAGCCCUGCAGUGGGAACCGGGAAGCUCCAGCCUGGCUGGCAGUUGGCCUUGUCUUUGACCUGGAGCAAGCAGAGC